AUGACUACGCCGAUGCACAGUCGCCCGCUGGGCGUUAGUCCGCGACAGCGGCCGCCGGGGGAACGCAUCACGUCUGAGUCUUCUUCGAUCUCUUCUUGCUCGUCUUCGUUUCCUGCCUCCGCUUCGUCUUCCGCGUCCGCCGCGCUGCUGCCGACUUCUUCCUUUGCGCGACUCGCGUCGCUGCUUGCGUCGUCGCCGCUGCCCUCGCAGCCCUCAGAGAAGAAGCUGACACCUGAGCAGCAGGGCGCGCUCCAGCGGCGUCUGGAGGAGACGCUGCAGAGACACCUCGCGCGCGCGUGCGCGGAAAACAGAGAAGUCUUCUCCGCGGCGAGCCCCGAGGCACACGAGGCGCUCGCCGACAGGCAGCAGGUGUACGGACGCCUCAUGAGCGAGCUGUCGACGUCCCCCUCUCCGCGUGCGGCGUCGGCGGUUCCUUUUCUGGCGCCUCGUUUGCAGCGGCUGCUUCUGUCUUCCUUCUCGCGGGAAGAGGUCACUGGGAGCUCGCCGCCGCUGCAGCACCCCGAGGCGAUUCUGCACCUGCUGCUGCAUCUCGGGCAGCUCCACCGAGGCGGCGGCCGCCGCGGCGAGGAGGACGUCUCCGCGUCGGGCGACCCGCUGGCCUCCGCGCGCUCCACGGCGCACGCGCGCCCGCCACGAGACGCCGAGAGAAAUGCCUUUCCGGCGGCGCGGCCCGCGACCACUCCGACGCUCUCCACACCGCGCAGCAUUCGCUGCGAGAGCGUCUCGAGUGUACAUACAGACAGCUCUCAGGCCUUUCCCUUGGGGCGACACCGACCCAGCACGCCGGGGGGCUGCAUCCGGCGCCGCCCGCAGAGAGUCGCGGACGCUGAGCGCGAAGGGGGACGGCGGAAGGAGCCGGUCGUUGAGGAGGAGGAAGAAGACGCAAACGGCGCCACCCCCGUCCACGAGCUCGGGCUCGUCUACGAUUUGUCAGGCGUCUCCGAAGUGGCGCUGCUGCGCGACAUUGUCUACACACUCCAAGGCGUCGACGGCGUCCACGUGGCGUUCGAUGAGAAGCUCCAGACGUACCUGCUGUCACCCAAGGUCCGCGCUUCAAACAGCCUGCGAGCGUUGGUCUCGCAUCUCUCCGGCGUUGGCGCGCUCUAUCGCCGCCUCGUCCGCGCACUCGAGGACUCAAACAAUCGGAGAGAAAGCGAAGUCGAGCGAGGCGGCGACGGGCGCAGCGUGGUCGCGGAGGCGCUGCAUCAAUGUCUGCAGGAACAGAUUCAGGAGUAUCACAAACUCGUCGCAGCUGUGGAGUGCGACGUGAUUCGAUCCGCCGAGGACGGCGCGUGGAGCAGCGUGACGCUGCGGAGGUUCGCCGUUUGGCUGCAGGAGCCGUACUGCCGCAUGCGCGCGCUCGCAGCCCUGGCCGAGGAGGCGCGGGGGCUGAAGGGUGGUCCACUUCUCUCCACGAUCUACGCACAUAGCCGCCGCGGAGAUCCUGAGCUGCGGAUGCUCAUGCUGCACAUUCUGACGCGCGCUGCGGAGCCUCUCGCCGACAUGACCUACGCGUGGAUUGAUCAAGGCGAAUUGCGAGAUCCUGCAGACGAGUUCUUCGUGACGCAGCGCCUGCCGAGCGCCACAGAGGAGCUAUGGAGCGGCAGGUACUUUGUCAAAGGCGACCGGAUUCCUGUCUUCUUCCCGCCCUCUCUGGCGACGGAGAUUCUGCGCGUGGGCAAGAGUCUGAACUUUCUCAGGAUGUGCGGCGACUCCGCGGCCGCGCAGGAGGUUGAGGCGGGACUGCGGCUGCCGUCGUUCGCGGCGGCGCGGGCGUCUACGGUGCCGGGGCUUCUCUCGCGCGAGACCGCGCGGCUGCCGCCGACUCUGCAGCUCGAACUGGCGCAGAAUCCGUUCCCGCACGUCGAGGCAGCGCUGCUGGCGAGUUCUGCGGAGAAGAAGCAUUCCGGUGCCGCGGCGAAGACCUUCUCCGCCGCGCUGCCGCAGAUCGACGACGAGCUGGCGUGGCUGGACGAGCUCCGCGACAGGGUGCAUGCGUCUUCUGCGGCGCGGAAUCGACGAGUCGUCACCACGCUGCUGGAGCGCCACCAGCUUCUCUACUACCUCGAAGGCAUUCGAAAAUUUAUCUUGCUGGAAGACGGCGAAUUCACUCGCAGUCUGCUGGAGGCGGCAGAGGCGCACGAAGAGCUCCAGCGGCGACGGGCGCUCAGCGCCGUGACUGAGGAAGAAGAAAACCUGCAGAAUCUCUGCGCGGCCAGCAUCGCCGCGCAGCCUGCGAUUCUCGCGGCCGUCGACGCGGCAGCGCGCGGAAGCGGCGCGGGCGGCGCGCUGUUUUCGCUCUGUCCGCCGUUGCUGCACGCGCUGACGGUGCGCUUCCCCCCGACGUCUGCGCUCCCGGCGAACGCGCCAUCCUCUUCUUCCGCGUCCUCGCCUUCCUGCAGCGGCGUGUCUCUGCAGAUGUGGGACGCUUUUUACCUGGAUCUGAAGCUCUCUGCGCCGCUGGCGAGUUUCUGCACGCCUGCGGUGAUGGGGGUGUUUCACAAGGUCUUCUACUUGCAGUGGAAGCUGCACCGAGCCUCGCACGCGCUCGCGGGCGCGUGGCUGCAAGGCCGUUCGCUCUUCCGCCUCCAGCAGACGCAGCAGCAGCAGCGCGCGCAGCGGGCGCAGCGCGAGCGCCUCGCGCAGCAAACGGAGAGUCUCCGCGCGCGGCAGCCGCAGACGCCGAGGGCGGAGGGCGCGAGUGCGGCGGCGGCGCGAGGGCAGCGGACGCCGACUCCGAGGCGCAGCAGCAGCACGCGCGCGCGGCGGCGGGUGCAGGACCGCGGGGACGAGGCCUGGAGCCAAAUGGAGGCCGUGGAGACGCGUCCAGACGGCGAGAGGGCGGAGUCGUUCCUGUGGGAGAAACUGCGCCAGAGGGAGGAACGGGAACACCAAAACAUCACGCAACAGAGAUGCCUCGCAGCGCUCAACAAACUCGCCCAGGCCCUCACGCACCUCCGCGUCUACCUCGUCUCUGACGUGCUUAAUCCGGCCUGGAGAAGCAUGAUGAGGCUGCUCACCACAUGCAACGACUUCGACGAGGUCCUCGCGGUGCGCCAGCAUUGCGUGGAGACGCUCUACGACGGCAUGUUUCUGUACGACGCGGCGACGCUCCAGGAGCAGCUGCAGAGUCAGCAGGGCGCCGGCAGCGCCUCGGAGCUCUCAAGCCGCGCCUGCAGCAACCCGAUCAUCACCGCGCUGAUCCACGAGCUCCUCGCCUUCGCGACCCAGCUGGCGGCAACGGCGAGAGCUCUCUUUUCGGCGUUGGAGGCGGCGGCGGACGACCCUGACGAGGCGCAGGCGCAACGCGAGCGCGAAGCAGCCGCAGCGGGCGCGCGGAAGGCGCUUGACGGCAUUCAGGCGAGACUACGCGGAAUCUUCUUCGAGCUCCUCCGGCAGCUCGCUGUCAAGCAGGCGAACGCACGGGCCUGCCGCGCCGGAGGCGUCGUCAAGGGGGUCGCCUUCGGGGACCGCGGCGAGGCGCUCAGAGCCCUGCAGUGCCGCCUGGACUUUAACGCGUUCUACGGCCACCAGGCGCAGGUCGCCGCGGGCAGUCCGCCAUCUGUGUUGCUUCCGACGCUGUCCCCGGUCUCCGCGGUGUCUCCGUUGUCGCCUUACGGGCCCGUAGGCGGUGGAGCCCAAGCCUCGUACGCGACCCUGCUGCGGCGGGCGCUGCCGCAGGGCGCGCUCGCGGCGCCGUUCCUUCCUGGCGUUCCGGCACAGGGCGAGCGUGAGAAGCACCACUUGCUUCUGCAGCUGCUGCUGCUUCACCAGCGCAAACAGCAGGAGCGCGAGGAGGCUGAGCAGGGCCCCUGUUUCUUCGAGGGGCCCGCGCGGGCCCCAGGGGGCAGGGGCGCAGAGGGCCGCGGAGACGGCGCGCGAGGCCGCGCCCCCCCUCCGAGCGAGACCGCGGAGGUGAGCGAGACGGAGAUAGAGACGGAGGCGCAGAGACGCCGCGCGAAAGACUUACAGCUGCGGCAGCGAGAAGCGAGCCACGAGGCUCUGCUGCGAGGCCUGCCGUGGCUGAACUCAGAGGGCAAGAAGAGCGCCGAUGAAAACGGGCUUUCUCCGUCGCCGGCUUUCGCGUCAAGUCAGAAGAUCGCCGCAGGAUUCGGCGCCGACAGCGACGGCCUCGGAGCGUUGCGCGGAGGCUUGUCGGCAGAAACCUCGGCUGCAGUCUCUGGUGACGGAUUCCGCGUUCGCGACGAAGCGACCGCGCACGGGCGGAGUUGGGCGGCAAGGCGCGACCGUGGAGGCCUCGCGCGCGGCGGCUGA